CAGUAGAUGGAAAAAGUUUUCAGUUAAAUAAGAAACAAAAUCACAAAAAGAAAGAAAACAAACUCAGAAUUUAAGAAGAAAAAGGAAGAAUCAACUCCCCAGGGAUGGUGAGAUCAUAAUUACAACACGACGAAAAACAGCCCAUAAAAUUAAAAACUGAAACUCCAAAUUCAAAAAAAUCAAAUACCCAAAUUCCCCAUUUACAUAUUCAGCGGUGCUAACUCUGUUCUUUCAGUUUCAUCUACCAUUCUCCUUCUCUUUCAUUCUCAUUAACUCCUUCAUUUCUUCAGCACAACCACCACAACCACCAUGCCUUCUUCAUCUUCAAAUUCUGUUUCACCACCACCACCUCCUCCACAAACUCCUCUCUGUUUCCCUGAAGUUGUAGAAGAAGAAGAAGAAAACCAAACUCAAACGAAACAUCAAGAAGAAAUGAAAUCGAAAGAUUCGAAACCUGAAACUCAAACGAAACAAGAUAAACCAAAACCACCGAGACCAAAAAAUAACAUGUCAUCACCAUCACCAGCAUUUCAACAUACAGCAACACCACUUCACCAGAAAAACUCAACCAGAAAAAAGAACAAUCCACACCCAGAUAUUGACCCGGACGAUCGUACUGUUUCAUGUAACAAGUGUCGUCCAACAUCUAGAGAUAAAAUCUCUGUAAUUCCUUACGAUAUGAACAACAAAUCUUCAUCGUCAUCAGCGAAUCCUAGUCCUAAUGGAGGUAUUUUCAAGUCAAUUAUUUCAAAUUUAACCAAGAAAAGUCCUAAAUCUGAAACAUCAUCAACAACAACAAUCAAAGAAGAAGAAUGGAAGAUUGCAGUUGCGGAACUUUCUCAUAAACUUAUUCAAGCUACUAAGAAAAGAGAUGAAGCUAUUCUAGAAGCUUCUAGAUUAAAAUACUCCAUGAACGAAUUAGAGAAGAAGCUUAAUAAACUUGAGAUCUAUUGUCACGAACUGAAAACAGGGCUCGACGUAUGUAACAGUACUACUGCAACAGCUACAGCAACAGCAGCAGCAGCAGCAGCGGCAACGGCAACGAAUUCAACUUUUCUGAACCGCACGAUUAUGAAAAGAGGUGAUCAUCAUGAUAAGGUUAUUGAAUCGUUUGUUAACUCAGUUGCAGAGUCUAGAUCAUCAGUACGAGUUUUAAGCCGAUCUUUAACUCUUCAACUCAGACAAAUGGGGGUUAAAAUCUACGAAAGGAUUUCUUUACUUUUACAGCCUUACGAUGUAAAUAUAUCUUUUACUAAGAACCCUAGAAGCUUGCUAUUUUAUUUAGAAGCCCUUUUAAACAGAGCUUUUUAUGAAGAUUUUGAAGGAACUAGUUUUCAGAAAAACGGGUCGGAUCCGAUUCUGAACCCGAUUGAAAAAUGUGAAGGGAAUUACGCAUCGUUUACGGCUUUACAAGGGUUGUGCUGGGAUGAGGUCUUGACUAAAGGGACUAGACAUUUCAGUGAAGAUUUUAGCCGGUUUUGUGAUCGGAAAAUGAGCGAGAUCGUUGCGAUGUUGGGUUGGAAUAGAGCGUGGCCGGAACCAUUGUUGCAAGCGUUUUUUGGUGCGGCAAAGAGUGUUUGGUUAGUGCAUUUAUUGGCUUGUUCUGUGCAUCCAAGUUUGCCAAUUUUUAGAGUCGAUAAAGAUGUUAAAUUCGAUGGGCUUUAUAUGGAGGAUAUGGGUGGCGAUAAAGCUAGAAAACUAGUUCCAGAUAUGGUCCGUAUUAUGGUUGCACCUGGUUUCUAUGUCUAUAACAACGUGGUCAAGUGUAAGGUUAUUUGCAGGUAUAGCAACACUCAAGAAUCAACAUACUAGAAACUGGAAUCAAUAGGAAUCAGAGUUUUUAAUCUUCUUGCUUUUUGGUUUACUUUGGCUUUGCUUGUGAUAAUAUUUCGGCUUUCGCUUGUUAGUAUUUCUUUUCUUUUACGA